CGCGGGGCGAAGGAGAGGCGCGCGGCAGCUAACGGGCGCCCCGGAGGCUCCUGGGAGAGCGAGGCCCCCACCCCCCACCCCACCCGCGGCGUGUGUGCGCAGGCGCAGACGGCUGAGCGGAGGCAGGGCGCUGAGAGACGUUGGGAGAGGCUGAGGACCGCAGUGGAUACUCCCGGUCUCUGGGGCGACGGAGAGAGCGAAUCCAGAUGGGAAGACCGGGGAGGAAACCGCGAGGCCGAGCCGGGCCUGGACUCUUUCCAUUUCCAAAAGAGGAGCUCAGACAACACGGCUCGUCCCCCGCAAGUCUCAAAGCCAUGUCUAAGGAUGAACUGCCACAGUGUGCCCUUACAGGGACCAGUGUCAUUCAAGGACGUGACUGUGGACUUCACCCAGGAGGAGUGGCAGCGACUGGACCCUGCCCAGAAGGCCCUCUACAGGGAUGUGAUGCUAGAAAACUACUGUCAUUUUAUCUCUGUGGGAUUUCACAUAACAAAACCUGAUAUGAUCCGCAAGUUGGAACAAGGAGAGGAGCUGUGGACAGAGAGAAUUUUUCCAAGUCAGAGCUAUGUAGAAGAGGAAGAGGUUUUGGUGAAGUUCAGUGACUACCAGGACAAGCCUCCUAAAUCAAUUGUAAUCAUCAACCACAAGAAGCUAAUUAAGGAGAGAAGCAACAUUUAUGGGAAAACACUAGGCAAGAACCAUAUUAUUUCCAAAACACUAUUUGAGUAUAAAUCUGAUGGGAAAGUUUUGAAAAAUAUCUCAGAAUUCAUCAGUAGAGAUAUAAACCCUGUAACGGGGAAGUUGGGUGGCAGUGAUGAAUGGGAGGAUUCAAUCCUGACUUCAAGGCAGGAGACUCCUCCUACCUGGACUCUCCAUAAACAAAUCAGAAGGGAUCUGAGCUCUGGCUGGGAGCUCAACCAGCACCAGAUGACCCAGAUUCCAGAGCAGCAGUUUGAAUAUGAUAAAUAUGACAGCUCCUUCCUCAUGACAGGAGUGGCAUUUCCACAUGACAGAGCUCACAGAGGAGGCGGGAACCUCAACUUCAGGAAAGAUGAGAUCACUUUUUUUGAAAAGUCAGACCUUGGUAUUCAUCCACAUAAUCUUAUGGAAAAGAAAUGUUCUACAUACAACAAAUAUGGGAAACUCCUUUGCAGAAAGUCAGUGUUUGUUAUGCACCCCAGAUCUCCGAUGGACGAGAGGCCCUUCCAGUGUCCUUACUGUGGGAACAGCUUUAGAAGGAAGUCCUACCUUAUCGAGCAUCAGCGGAUCCACACAGGUGAGAAGCCCUAUAUUUGCUGUCAGUGCGGGAAAGCCUUCCGUCAGAAAACGGCUCUGACACUCCAUGAAAAAACACAUACAGAGGGGAAACCCUAUCUCUGCAUGGACUGUGGGAAGUCCUUCCGCCAGAAGGCCACCCUCACCAGGCACCACAAAACGCACACGGGGGAGAAGGCCUACGAAUGCUCUCAGUGUGGAAGUGCCUUUGGGAAAAAGUCAUACCUCAUCGACCAUCAGAGAACUCACACAGGGGAGAAACCCUAUCAGUGCUCGGAGUGUGGGAAGGCAUUUAUCCAGAAGACGACGCUCACGGUGCACCAGAGGACUCAUACAGGGGAGAAGCCCUACAUCUGCAGUGAAUGUGGGAAGUCCUUUUGCCAGAAGACAACCCUGACCCUCCACCAGCGGAUCCACACCGGGGAGAAGCCCUAUAUCUGCAGUGACUGCGGGAAGUCCUUCCGCCAGAAGGCAAUCCUUACUGUGCACUACAGAAUACAUACAGGAGAAAAAUCCAACGGCUGUCCCCAGUGUGGGAAAGCCUUCAGUAGGAAAUCAAACCUCAUUCGCCACCAGAAAACUCACACAGGAGAAAAACCCUAUGAAUGUCAAGAGUGUGGAAAAUUCUUUAGCUGUAAAUCAAACCUUGUCGCCCACCAGAAAACUCACAAGGCAGAAACCACCAGAUUCCAGUGAGUGGUGUGCUUUUAUUUAUUUAUUUAUAUUUUUGAGGCAGGGUCUCAUUAUGUAGACUUGGCUGGCCCAGAACUUGGUUCGUAGACGAGGCUGGUCUCAAACUCAUGGAGAUCUGCCUGCCUCUGCCUCCCAGGUGCUGGAAUUAAAGGUCUAUGCCACCACAACUGACAGAUUUGGGGUUUUCUGGGUUUUGGUUUUUGGUUUUUUUGAUACUGAGUGCUUUCAGCUUCUAUCUGUUUAUUACUUGGUAACAUAUCACACACAGAGAUACUACUGCAUAAACUAAAUGGCAAAAAAUAAUUUGAAAAUGAA